AUGGUUCGUCGAAUCCGCACAUUAAGAGAACUGCAAAUCCAUGACACAGAAGUGGCUGAGCAACUACUCAGCUUUUUCCGUGGCAGCUAUAAUCAUAAAGAUAUAGCUGUUCUUUUGGUCGACCCUUGUCCCAAGGUCGAUGAGCAAUUCUCCGAGUUCUCCACCAUAGCAGUCCCCAAAUCAACGCCACCGCGCGUAGCCAUUGAUCUAGAGGAGACAGAUUGGCUUGAUGUAAAAGAAGAAGAUGUACGUCCGAGGAAGCUACAGUUCGAGCAAACCCUUUCUAUGUAUGAUGACCUGGUCCAAAUCGUUGCGCCCCGAAAUUCGGCUAUCACUGCCGCUCUUGAAGGAGGACCACCGUAUUACCUAGCAGACUUCUUCGCCAAGAAUGUCGAGGCGAGAAACGCUUCGACUGUCCAAUCUCUUUUCGUUGAGACUUGGAGACUUACUGGAGUAGCUUCAACGGGUGUGCAGAAACUGGCGGACUUCGACUUUAGCAAUCUGGAACAUAAAGCCUGGUCGGAUGAAUGGAAGGGGAAGCUCUUCACCCAGUUGUGGGAGCUGCGCGAAGAACUAGAGAUACUGCAAUACAAAAUGCAGGUAAACAGACAAACAUUGAGUCAGUUGUAUGAGGGUGAUAACAAACUGCUCGGAUGGGACAAGCUUCUCAGGACGAACAAUUACGCAAUACAACUUAUGAAUCGCACAACCGAUACAUACGUGCAGGCUAUUGGCUCUACAGCAGCACAAUUUGCCAAUGAGCAGACCAAAAACUCGAAGAAACUGACUGGUUUCGCUGCAGUCUUCGUCCCCGCAAGUUUGUGCGCAGCGAUUCUUGCUAUUCCGUCGUUCACUCCCGAUGCAAAAAGUAUCACCAAAUUCUGGUACGAAGCCCUCCUUCCGCACAAUAAACAUCCGGACUAUUGUGGCUAA